AUGCGCUGGGCAGACCUGCUUGUCCUUCUCCCUGCAGCCCCACACCAGCUGGUGGCUUUCCCCUUCGCUGCUCUCUUCCACCACCUCUGUGCUUCGGGGCGCCUCUCUCUGACUGCCCGGUACAUAUUCCUCCUUGCUGGAGGAUGUCUCCUUGCUGGUACAGCCAUGGGCAGCUACGCUGUGUUGCUCCUCAUCCCUGCUGCUGGCUCCGUGCUCAUCCUCCUCUCCGUCAGCCCAGCUCAUGCCCACAACUGGGUCUUCGCCUUCCAGAUGUCCUGGCAGACACUCUGCCACCUGGGCCUGAGCAGCCAGGAGCUGGACCCACAAGAUGCCAGGCCAGCCAUCACCCUUUCUGCCAUCAUGCUGCUCACCCAGAAGGCUACAUCUCUGGCCCUGGACGUCCAGGAAGGGCUGGUGCCGCUCCAGCUGGCCCGGGGGCUUUUGCAGCGUGUGCUGCCUCUCUGCAGCUACCUGCUCUUUUUCCCAGCCCUCCUCGGGGGUCCCUUGUGCUCCUUCAGCAGGUUUCGGGCCCGGGUCGAGUCCCCGGGGGCUCUGCCCUGCCCACUGAGGGCCGCCGGGCAGCGGUGCCUGUGUGCGCUGGCCCUGCGGGGGCUGCACGCGGGGCUUUUUGCUUGGCCAUGCCGGCGGCAGGGACGUGCCAUCCUGCGCUGCCUGCCCCACAUCUGGGCACGAGCCCUGCUCCUCAGGAUGGCCUACUACCUGCACUGGGUGCUGGACGAGGCCCUGCUCGAGCUGGCGGGCUUCGGCUCCAUGCUCUGUCUGCUCUGGACUUCCUGCAACAGCAUCCUUCCCCUCUCCUAUGGGCUUGCACUGCUGCUGCUGCUUGCCAAGAAGCUGAAGCAGAAUUGAGCCUGUCCUGGACUAACUUGUGCGGCCGGUGGGGCACGUCCCUGCCUGCGUGAGAAGUGCUAUUGGCCAAGCGAUCUCAUAUAA